AUGGAAGACGCUGAAGCGUUGACACACGAGAUUGCGCUUGGUGCCCAACAUGUUGACGCGAAGCCACAUGACAUGCGGCCAGAAACAUGCAGUAAUGCAACACGCUGGCUACCAGCAUCACGGCAAAUUGUAAAGAGGAGCCUGAAACGUGCAUAUGCAAGAUCUCUACAACAUGGGAUCUCAUGGUAUCGUGGCAGGAGUUACACUCCUCAAGACUUCCCCAGAGCACUGCGUGACUCCUAUCAACCGUCAACACAGCAGCCUCCUGCACAGUCCAAACCUCUCAUUUCAUGCAACAAGCUCCACACGGACAAGAAACGCUUCCGUGUGCUGAACUGGAAUGCGGGAGGGCUAGGAGCUUUUCGAGUAGACGAGUUGAAAUUUUGGAUGUUGAAUCAAUGCAUAGAAGUGGCUUUCAUAACCGAGACCAGAUGGUGCUUUGAAAACACGUGGAUGGAUGAACACUUUCAUUUCAUCCACACAGGUGAUCCCUCACACAAAGGCAUGGGUAUUCUUUGCAUUUUGGCCAAGCACUUUUGCCCGGCCAACUGUUUGCGAUGGAGACCAGUGGUGCCUGGUAGGAUCCUGCAUGUGCAAGUGCAACAUGCUUCCAGAUGUGUCGACCUUGUGGGGUGUUACCAACACACCUCCACUGCCACCCGACAAUGCCAAUACCACAGAGAGCAGCUCUGGGCCCAACUGGACUUGUUCUUGCAUGGCCUUGUCCAACGCAACAUUUUGGUCUUGGCCGGGGAUUUCAACUGCGACCUUUUGCAAUCUACUUCACACAGUGGACCAGAUAAGUUCUACUGGAACAGAACCCUCACCCGAGGGGCAACACAUGCUGAUAAUGGAAGAUUCACCACAAUGCUGAGAGACCAUGGGCUCACGGCCUUGAACAGCUGGCAUCCACAGCUGGGGCCGACAUUUGUUCAUGCUGACACCUGUUCCAGGAUAGAUUUUAUCAUCACGCGCAAACAUGUUGCAGAUGGUGCCGCCAAGCAGGUGACAUAUGCCUGGGAUGCUCCAUUCCAAGGGUCCACCGGCCACGCACCCAUGGUAGCCAAUCUUAGGAAGCAAUGGUUCCAGACCAAACGGGCACAGAAUGCCUGGGGAGUGACACCACAGCAGAGAAAGCAAUGCCAGUUUGCCUAUCAGACCAAUGCACCGGAAUGGCAAGAGUUUGCACACCAAGCAGCAACGCGCUUGAGGGCCAACCUGCCUGAGGUCCUGACCUUAGAUGAUGCGCUCAUACCUCAAUUGCACCACAUGGCCAACCAAAGUUUACAUGAGUUUUUUCCACAUGCACGACCAAGCCCAAAACCUCAUGACUCAACUUUCUCCAACAUAGUCCUUAACAAAUGGCAACACAGACGGGCACUGAUGAGACUGACGACACAAACGCUGCCAAACAUGUUUCAUGCGUGGAUGCACUUGGCCAGCUUUGCCAAGUUGAACCGCCGAUCCAAGCAGCAUGCCAAGACAGUCAGAAAGCACCGUUUUGAUGAGGUCAUCCAAAGCGCCAGUCAUGCUGCACAGAGGCAUGACAGCAAAACACUGUUUGCCAUCAUCAACAAGUUUUCCCCCAAAACCUCCAUGAGAAAGAUGCAGCUACGUAACCCACAGGGACACAUUGCCUCACCGAUUGAAGAGGCUGCACUGCUGAAGAAACAUGUCAUGGACACAUGGAGAGGACCUUGCACCUUUCCCACUGCUGCACAUCGCUUCUCAGGCAUGCCCUUCACGGUGGAGGACCUGGAGAAGGAACUGAGCCAAAUACCGGUGUCCAAGGCAGUGGCACGUCCAUGCGCUCCUGCCCCAGUGUGGCGCAUGCUUGCUGGCACACUUGCACCACCAUUGCAUGCACUUCUCACAUACUGGUGGGAUCGCCCUGAGCCGUUCAUACCUAGUUGGUUUCGAGAUGCAUGGAUGUUGCUCAUUCCAAAACCGCACAAGCCUCCCACGACACCGGGGGCAUUGCGCCCCCUGGCGCUGCAGGAACCCAUCAGUAAGUGUAUUGUAGGUCUGCUCACCAAAGGUGCCAUGCGUGAGGCGUUUCCGGUUUUCUGCCAAAUGCCCCUAUGGGCCUAUCUCCCAGGGAGAUCGACUCAAGAGGCCUUACUCAGAGUCUCCAGACAUUGCCACUUAGCCAGGACAUUGACUGCCAGCUCCAAAUCCAAUCCUUUUACGAGACAACAGGGAAUUGCCAGAUGCCGAUUAGUGGGGGGCCUACAAUUGUUUCUAGACAUUGAAAAGGCUUUCGAUGGAGUGUGCCGUGAAAAACUUUUCAGCAGACUUGGUGAGGUUGGCAUUAACCCCCAAAUUGUGUUGUUGCUAUCUCACUGGCACCAAAACACUCACUAUCACAUCAACUGCAAUGGUGAAGAUACCCCAGUUUCAGUAGGGUGUGGAGUAAGACAAGGAUGUCGUGCGGCACCCUUGCUCUGGACUGGCUACAUGUGGCUUUUCCUGUUGGAGCUCCUGAAAGAAACCAGUCCAAACUGGGUGAUUUCCUGCUUGAAUGUUUACGCAGACGAUUAUCAGAUGGGUGAUGUUUUCCAUUCCCAAGAUGACCUGCAACAACUCAUGCACAACAUCACAAAGACGCUGCAACUGCUCAAACGCUUUGGACUGCUCAUCAAUCCAAACAAGUGUACAGCACUGCUCACCUUGAGCGGCACCUGCUCACGCCGCACCAGAGCCCAAUUGACAGCCUGGCGAGAGGGAAAGGAAUGGCUGCGGUUUACAGCAGAUGACAAUGACACAGUGUGGAUUCCCGUUGCCAGCAAGGCCACAUAUCUGGGAGCUGGGAUGUCAUAUGCCAAAUUUGAAGACCAGACAGUGAAACACCGAGUCCAGUUGUCCCGCAUUGCCUUCACACGACUGCGCAAGUGGCUCACAGGGAAACGUGGUUUACGCAAGCAACAGAGACUCAGCCUGUUCACCACCUGUGUUUAUCCAAUCAUGACGUACGGCAUUUUCCCCAUUGGCUUGACCACAUUUGGAUUGAGGCACAUACAACUGCAUAUGUUCAGCAUGUUGAGACAGAUCCUAUGCAACCAUGCGUACAUCACAGGACAGAGCCAUCAACAGGCCCUUGCCUUGAAUCACGUAGACCCACCGCUUGCCUGGUUGCUGAACUCCGUUGACAGCCUGCAGAGGUCCCUGAACCAACGCCUUGCCAACACAAACCCCAAUGACAUCAUUUGUUUGUUGGAUUGGAGCCACCUGGACACACUCAGACACCAAAUUGACUGGCACCUGCAAACAGGACCUGAGCAGCCUGUCCUACCGAGUGCUUUGGACGUGCCCAAUGCAGUUCACACAUGUUUGCAAUGUCACUAUGCCACCACUGAUCCAGCGCAAUUCCGCAGACACUGCACCAUCAUGCAUGCACAACCCAUGGCACGCAGUCAAUCGGCUGACCCGAAACAGUACAUGCACCAUGGUUUACCACAGUGCAAAUUCUGCCAAAAGACAUUCACCAGUUGGAGAACUUUUCACAUGCACAUCCAACGCGGCUGCCAGGUACUCAUUGUGGGUCCUCCAACGUGCUGGCUUGAUCCAACGCUUCCACUUGAAGCAGAUCCUGCAAGGCCACCUGAGAUGUUUGCGGCCAAGCAAGAUGCUCCUGUGAGAGGCACCACUUUGUUGACAGAUUCCGACCUGCGCAACAUCCUGAAUCAGGAGUGGGGACGUCGCAUCCUUACCAUAGUGGGCAACCGCUCGUGGCAUCACAUGCGCAAGGAGACGGCAGCCAGCACGUACCUUGCAAAUAGAUGUUGUCUUUGCGACCAAUUUCUAGGCAGAACCCAAGACUUGAACCGCCAUUACAAGUUGCACCAUCCAGAGUUUUGGCCACAUAUUCAAGCAAAGGGGAUUCAGCUGACAACCCUCUAUGGGGAGGAGACGCCAUGCGCAUUUUGCGGGGCGCUCUUCAAGAACUGCCACCAAUGCCCAGUCUGGGUUCAGAUGGCCAUGAUGUUGAUCUACGGAGGCGGGUUCCAAAUAGAUGGCUCACAGACACCACUGGCACAAAGGUGUGAAAUCUGCAUGGAGCACUUUCAGACCAGUGAAGCACUGCAUGCGCAUCUUGUCACUGAGCACCGGCUGCCAAGCAACAGCUUUAAUGCUGCCAGAGACACACUGGAUGGUGAACCGGUGUGCGCACACUGCCUCACCAUGUAUGACAAUGUCGAAUCUCUGCGCUCACACAUAAGCCAGGGCAGAUGCCUCAGCUUCAACCCAGAACUGCCAACGGAAGUACUGGAAGUGAGACAACAAUGGAUUGACGCUCUCUGUCAUGGCAAACUUGCAGACACACUCAGGGACCCACAUGUGAGAAUGCAGCUGUCUCUUCAAUGCCAGCACUGCCGAUGCCGGUACAGCCGAGCAUCAGACCUCUCAGGUCACCUCCAGGCCUCGCAUGACAAGUUAUGGUCGAUGGCUCAAGGACUCACGGGAAUUUUAGUGGAACUCCUGUACAAUGAGACAGGUUGCUUAUGCAACCCCAACAUUGGGAACUUCAGACCUCAUCACGUGUGUGUACCAUUGCGCCAGUUAGCACUUCUGUUCAUGCGCCUGCCGGACCCACUGCUGUAUCCACAUAUUCCAACGGAAGAUGAGCUUGCACAGAUGUUUUCAAGAAAGCUUGACAGGGAACAUCGCUUCCUCCUUGAAAGGGCGCUCACUGGGGGCAACGUUGAUGCACUCUGGAAAGAUCCACCCCUUGUGGACAUUCUGAGGCAAAACUGUGUCCUCUGCGCUGCCAAGCUUCACCCUGCUGACCUAGUGAUUCACAUGCACGAGGUGCACCACUGCAGUCAGCCGCUUGUGCGUUUGUUGAUGCAACAACUCAUGACGAGAUACAUGCACUUACAGGCCACAGACUUUCAGUGCUAUGCAUGUGAGCAGGUGUUCAAUCACCCUGAGGAUGUUGUCACGCAAAGUGCACCUGACCGCACACAGACGGUUCAAGCUCACUUUCGAGCCCAGCUGCACAUGGCAGACAUGGCCGACGAGGACAUGAACGAGUCCAUGGAAAUGAGUGCACAGAUUUGGACAGCGUUCCAACACAUGGCACCCUACCUGGACAAGACUCUCAAGUUGGAACAGAAUGCGGCACCGCCCAAAAGGCCAAGAAAAGGCGAACUGGCCCAACAGACACACCCAAAGACCAUGGCCAACAACGUAAAUCUGGCCCUCGCAAUGUCACAGCUGGCAAAACUGGCGCUCAAGCUGGACAGGGACAUGCAGCUGAUGCAGAAGGAGGACACCUACAUCUUCUUUUUCGGCAACAAAGGGCAAGACAGCUGCAUCAACCUGCUCAUGCAGACGACAGAGACCUGGGCCCAGGAACAUCAGCUGCAACGACAGGGCCAGCAGAAGACGCCGCUGCUCCCCCUGCGCCUGAAGCUGAUGCAGGUGGUCUUCAACACUCUGUUGACCAAGCUGGACCAGCUGGCCACGGCCAAGGAGGGCUCGGACCUGAAGACACGGGCCUUGCAGACAUUGGUCUUGCUGCCAGAUGGAACAUGCCCGUACCUGGAAUGGGAUGCGCAGGCCAGACAACUGAAGGUGAGUCAACGCAAACCCCUCACGCUGAAACACCUGCACCAGAUCUGCACAGACAUGCUGGAAGCACUGAGCGACGUCCAUCUGGUGAUGAGGUUCCACUCCCUGCCAAUGACCAACAACAAAGAAGUGACGCCAUGGAGGUUGCAGCUGAGCAUGCGAGCAGACCAGCCCUGGCAACUGAUGCAACUGCUUUGCCACUCAGCCAUCUGGCUGACCAUGGGGGGCUCACUGAAGAUGCACAGCCUUCAACAGAGCCCCUUGGCGCACCAACUGCAGAAGACGCUGGGAUUGACCCAGCCAACAACGAAAGGCAAUAUUUGUUUUGCAAAUGCUGCAGUCACUUCAUUCAUGUGGACGACACUGUCCUUGGACCCAUGUGACUUCAGCCAUUGGGGUAAGCAACGACACCAGCUGACGUCUUUCCUUCUUGCCAAUUAUGCCACUCAUGCCAAUCUCAUGGAACAAGACUGGUUUCAGGACACCUUGCGUUGCUGGGGACAACAGGAUCCUGCCGUUGAUUCUGAUGAUAUCACGCAGCAGGAUGCAACUGAGUUUCUUCAUGUGUGGCUCACACAAAUGACCACACCAGCUUUUGACAUGCGUUGGGAGCGCCGAUACAUGGAAAAUGAUCGCGUCUGCACAGUUGACAGUGGCAGCAAGUACAUGCCACUUUGGCUGCACAUGGAUGCCACCACAUCAACUGCCAAUAGCUGUGAUCUCACCCAACUGUUCAGCCUCUGGCGCCAGGUGGAUGGAAUGCAAGCCGCUCUGCUCACGGCACCUGUUUGCCUCUGUCUUCACAUAGACAGAUUGACCCGAGACAGCACAGGCAGGAUUCACAAGAGCGAUUGCAUGAUCAACGUUGACACACCAUGCAUAGUACCAGUUUUUCAAGGAGCUGGACUGACACAUGAACCAGUGGAAUAUCAGCCCGUGGCGCUGAUGGCACACCUUGGCCAAGACCAAGGUGGCCACUACAGAGCUGGACUGAAGCUGGCUCCAACGUUGGUGGACAUGACCACACCUGCGGAAUGGUUGCUCACAGAUGACUGGGUACAUCCGACGCCGACCUGGCGUAUUCCAGCAUGGAUGUUGCGCAACACCACAGUGAUAUGGAUGGUCCGAACAGACUGCAUUCGGCCGCACCGAUACAACCUGCGACAACCACUGCAGGAUAUCACAGCUGACUACAUGCCUGCCUAG